AUGAGCCAGACAUAUCGAAGGGACUUAUUAGCUGACUUGAACCAGGGACUGCCCAAGUCUGGUACCCCGCCGGCAUUCCGUUCUCGCCGUGGGAUGCCCCAGAAGCGCAAGAUCCGAGACGUCAAGAAAGUUGUGGCAGUAUCAUCGGCGAAGGGUGGAGUAGGAAAGUCAACAAUAGCAGUCAAUCUCGCACUCUCAUUUGCACGCCGUGGCAUCAAGACAGGCAUUUUGGACACUGACAUCUUUGGCCCUUCGAUUCCAACUUUGCUCAACCUCUCCGGGGAACCCCGUCUAGACGAAAAUAACUGUCUUGUACCCCUCACAAACUAUGGACUGAAGUCCAUGUCCAUGGGCUACCUUCUCCCCCAAACCCAAUCAGAUAGCACCACAGGCGAAGUCCCCAUGGACUCAACACCAAUCUCCUGGCGAGGACUCAUGGUAACAAAAGCCAUGCAACAAUUGCUCCACUCAGUCUCAUGGGGUCCACUCGACAUCCUAAUCCUCGAUCUGCCACCAGGCACAGGAGACGUUCAAUUAACCAUUAACCAAGAAGUCAUCAUCGACGGCGCGGUGAUUGUCUCAACGCCCCAGGACAUCGCCCUUCGUGACGCAGUCCGCGGAAUCGGCAUGUUCCAGCGCAUGGAAGUCCCUGUGCUCGGAAUGGUCCGCAACAUGGCCUUCUUUGCUUGUCCACAGUGCGGACACCAGACUCGCAUCUUUUCUCAUGGUGAUAGCCACCACCAUGAGCAUGGCGACAACCAUGGAGUCGUGGCCGAAUGUAAACGUCUUGGCGUCGACUUCUUGGGAGAUAUCCCUCUCGAUGCUCGCGUGUGCGAAGACGCAGAUAGGGGCAUGCCGACCGUUGUCGCGGAAGAGAGCGUCGAACGCAGUGCUCGACGUGAAGCUUUCCUGGGUGUCGCUGAGCAGGUGGCCAAGAAGAUCGGUCUGGAUUGGCGUUGA